GACUUUGUCUGUAAGGGCAUGGAUUUAGUAUUGACCCAGAAUACUUUAAUGCAGGAUUGCACUUGGUAUGUGCAGAACCGGGGUACCGCAAUGGGUACCCCGGUAUCUUGCACGUACGCAAACAUCUAUUUGGCCAUAAUAGAAAAUAAAAUGGUAUUUUCCACGUCCAAUCCACAUAUUUCCAGAAUUAAAAAAUAUCUUCGCUAUGUGGAGGAUAUCUUCAUAGUAUGGGAUGGAGAUUAAAUAACCUUCCAUGAAUUCGUUAAAUAUAUGAACGAACAGAACCAACAAAAUAUGUAUUUUACGUACCUGUUCGGAGGUGAAUCAUUAGAUUUUCUGGAUGUUAAAAUUUGGAUAGAGGACAACCGAAUGAAAACCACAGGGUAUCGGAAGGACAUCAUGCAGAACUCAUUAUUACACUACAAUAGUUCCCAUCCCAAACACGUCCACAAUAGCAUCCCAUACAGCCAGUUUAUGCGACUUAAGAGAAUUAAUUCAGAAGAUACAGGAUAUCAGUUACAGGCAGAAGAGUUAAAACAAAGGUUAACAGAACGUAACUAUCCGAUACAAAUUAUAGAGAGAGCCUUAGAGAGUAAAAGUAGACAAGAAAUUAGGAGGAAAAAAAGCAAAAAAACAAGAUGUAGCGGUUUGUCUUUGCAUUUCAUAACUCACCCAUGAAUAGUCUUAUUAGCCAAGCCAUUAAAAAAAAUUGGUAUAUACUCGAAGCUGAUCCCGACCUACAAAAAAUAGCAAACAAUCGCCCCAUUGUAACCUAUAAACGCUAGGCAAAAUAAACAAGAUGCCACAACAUGGUUACACAAAACGGCUCCUAAUGGUAAUUUUUUAUGUAAAAACUGUAGCUUUUGCAAAUACAAUCUAGGACAACGAGAAUUUUCUCUAGGAGGAGUUAAAAUUACCGUACAACAGUUUAUUUCAUGCCGCAGUACGAAUGUCGUUUAUUGCCUCAUGUGUACUUGCGGUUUUUACUAUAUAGGAAAAACUAAAAGACAGCUGAAUCAACGAAUCAGAGAACAUCUAUAUAGUUUAAAAACUGGAAAAGGUGCCCCCAAAUUCAUCUUACAUAUGAGAGACGUCCAUAAAAAUGACCUUAAUACAAUAAAGUUUGCAGGUAUCGAAAGGGUAUUAAUACAGGGACAGGGGAUAGAUCGCAACAAUAUUCUUAUGAGAAAAGAAAUCGAUUGGAUAAGCCGACUCUAUGCUUUAGGCGCAUUGGGUCUGAAUGAUCGACAUGAUCUGUCCCCUUACCUGUGACAGGUCUGAUUGAUAUUUUUUAACUGGGUGAUCACAUUGUAAUUGGUGUUACAUUUAUGUAUAUGUCUAUGUUCACAUUAUCUGUUCGCACCUAUUAGCUCCACCCCCGAGAGGGGCGGGAUGCAUAAGAUACGGACUCACCUGGGCUCACUAGGACCGGAAGAAGCGUCACUGGACGCGAAAGAGGAUCCAUCGUCUCGAGCUCCCCGCACACCCGUUCCCGUUGUUAUGUGCCAGCUGUACGCUUACCAGCACUAUUAAACAAGUUUCUACAGAAGUGGACAUUCAUGCUGAAGCAAUGAUUUGGAUCCUGUGCCUGCUACCUUUUCUCUUAAUAAAUGGGGGUGGCCAAGUCUCUGCAAACAACAAACCUGUUAUUGAAGGAAGUGCUGUGCUACGGUUACCAGAAGAUACACUGAUUGGUUCAGUUGUAUAUACAAUACUUGCUACAGAUAAAGAUGGGGACAGUCUGGAAUAUGGCUUAACUGGAACAGAUUCCUUCUAUUUUUCAUGUAACAAAAGCAAUGGUGAGCUGACUCUCAUUCUUGCUUUAGAUUAUGAGACGAAAAAGGAACUUCUUGUCAUUCAGACAGUAACUGAUGGUAAAGAAUCAGAUCAGAGAACAUUAAGCAUUCAACUUCGAGAUAGCAAUGAUAAUGCACCUGUGUUUUAUGGCCUACCGUAUGCAGUAGAGGUCCCUGAGAAUACAGGGCUUGGUACUGUGAUCUGCAAGGUUACAGCAGAAGACUAUGACAAUGACAGAUUCCUCCCAGUUAUGUUUUCAAUUCAAGAGGUUAUACCAAGUUCGGACACUGACCUAUUCUACAUUAGUGCCAAAGAGGACCCAGAUUUCAAAAUUGCUUAUAUUAAACUGAAUGGUACUUUGGACUUCAACGAAAAAAGCACCUUUUACCAGUUAAUUAUAAAUGCAACGGACCAGGGAGGACUGUUGCAUAAUACUACCAUAUAUCAAAGUACUAUAGCGUAUGUGUCCGUAAGAGUGAGGGACGUUCCAGAUUUGGAUCCAGAAUUUAUUGGUGCACCUUAUAUGGCUUCCGUUUUAGAACAUGCUCCAUUGGGCCAGAGUGUAUUGAAAGUAUCUGCUGUUGAUGUUGACAGGGGAAUCGGAGAUGUAAUCCAAUAUUACAUUGAAAGUUCUCCUAAGUCUCAUCUCUUUCACAUAAAUGGCAUGAGUGGUGAAAUCCAUGUAGCAGGUGACAUAGAUCGUGAAGUUCUGUUGGAAGAUGGGGAACAGGUUAUAUUACAGGUGGUGGCUCAAGAAAGGAUGCUAAAUAUUUAUGGACAGAACGCAACAGCCAACACAAGUGUUACCAUUCGUAUUGUAGACGUUAAUGACAAUAAACCCCAGUUUUACAACUGUGAUGUGACUGACUGUGAUUUCACUGCUACUGCUGAAAAAAAGUUCUUUGGAGAGAUUGAGGAACAUUCUUCUGUCCGGGUACCAGUGGCAAAUCUAACCAUCACUGCUCAUGAUCCUGACAAGGACCAGAAUGGAGCUUUCAUCCUGUAUCUGAGGGGUCAUGAUGCUGAUAGCUUCACAGUCAGUCCACAAACGAUUGUAAAUACUGGACUGGUCCAGAUCCUGGUCAAAGACCCGGCAGCUAUAGACUAUGAAAAGGUUCACCAGAUGGAAGUGGAGGUGGUGGCCAAUGACACAGGUUUGGUAACUGACUGUUGUUCAUUUGCCAUUGUGACUAUAAAUCUAAUAGAUAUAAAUGAUCACUCUCCAGUGUUUGCUGAUGCAACAUAUAAACUUGCAAUUGAAGAGCACUGUAAUAAUGGAUCCGUCCUUGGGACUAUAACAGCAACUGACCCAGACUCUGGGGAUUACGGAAGGAUUACUUACUCUUUUUUACCAGAAUCCAUACUGAACUUGUUUCAGGUGAAUCCAUCUAAUGGGACAAUCUCGGUGGUGGAUGGAGAUCUUCUUGAUCGAGAGCGAACCCCUUUCUAUUACGCAACCCUAAGAGCACAGGAUGGAAUGAAUGCCACUGGGACCACCCUUCUUGAAAUUGAAUUAAUAGAUAUUAAUGACUGUGCUCCAAUUGCAAUAGGGGUAUAUAACAUUUUUGUAAAUGAGAACACUGAUGAUAUCGAGAUCCAGCUUGAGGCAACUGAUAAUGAUGAACCUGGAAAUAAUAACAGUGUGAUUGAGUAUGAGAUCCUACCCAGUGAAUACAGUGGAAAUUUCAGCAUUAACGUCACUACAGGGCUCAUCACAAGCCUUGGUCCUCUGGAUCGAGAAGCCAUUAAUAUAUCACAGAAUGGACGCAUUGUAUUGACUGUGAAAUUGUAUGAUUUGGGAGUUCCUUCUUUAUCGGAUAAUGUUUCUGUAACCAUCAAUGUUGAGGAUUUAAAUGACAAUGGACCCAUUUUCAAUCAAACAGAAUACACUUUUUUUGUGAAUGAGAGCACACCAGGGGCUUAUGUCGGGAAUGUAAUAGCCAGAGAUAAAGAUCAGACUGAAUUAAACAAUCGUAUUAGUUUUAGUAUUUCCCAAGGUGGAUCUGGGAACUUUAUCAUACGUGGACAGAGAGAGGCUUUGGGCGAAUACCUUGGGGUCCUGACUUUAAGUGACCCAUAUGUGCAAUUGAAUUAUGAAGUUCAGAAAUCGUAUACCUUAAUAAUAGAAGCGGAAGACAAUGGGAUUCAGGGAGUCAGUAACACUGCAAAUGCUACUGUCUUAGUACACGUGCUUGAUCUCAAUGAUGAACCACCAUCCAUAAACCCCUCUUCUCUGGUAGAUCUCUACCUUUUUGAGAACAGAACAGGUGGACCCGAAAAUAUCACAACAUUGGUUGCUAUUGAUCCUGAUACAGUACAUGAACUGGAAUUCCAGACACUUGCUAUGAGCUGCUUCAAAAAUGGAAAAGAUGUGGGCAACAUAUGCUAUGACUGGCUAUGGCUUGCACCCAAUGGGCAGCUGUUUGUAAAUCAUACUGAAGAAAUUGAUUAUGAAGUGUGUGAUCUUAUGGUGAUGCUCUUACGUGUGGAGGACAAGCUGACAUUUAUUGGAAACAGAUACAGCCAGAACGUGAGCCAGAGAGUGGUGAUACAAGACGUAAAUGAUAAUGCUCCAGAAUUUUUGGAUAUCAAUGAUGCAUUUGUGGUUAUACCUGAAACGGCUGUUAUUAAUACAGAAGUGGCCUCUGUGGCGGCUCAAGAUAAAGACAGUGGAGAAAAUGCCAUAUUAAGCUUCUCAAUUGACAAAGUGGAAUUCAUUUUAUCUAGUGGUGGAAGUCAGUCACUUGGAAACAUCUUCAGCGUCACCACUACCUCUGAAGACAGCAUAUAUACAGGUUCUGUCAGAGUUGCAAGUAAUCUGGAUAGGACAUUAAAGGGUCAGUACAAAGUCACAGUUAAAGUAGUGGAUAGAGGGGUUCCUUCACUAAGUGCUACCCGCUCUAUAACGAUAUUUACAAUAGAUGAAUCUUAUCGAGUGGUACUGCGAUUUUCAAAGUCUGUUGAUGAGCUCACUGAGAACGUAGAAAUGAUCAGCAGACAACUUGCAAUAGCAACUGGCUCAACAGUACGUGUGGCUGGGAUUGAAUCAGCGGAAGCCUCAAAAAGAGACGUCCGAGCUGGUGAGCAGAGUAUCCUGACAGUUUAUUGCGUAUACACUAAUGGCACUGCCAUAACUCCAGACGAACUAACCAGCAUUAUUCAGGCUAACAGUGAAGCUUUGGCCAACCUUUUAAAUCUCGGUCUCUAUAUCAUUGGAUCUGGAGAAAUAACAAUACAAGAUGAUAAGAAGACAUUUAUAGGAAUAAUUGCUGGACUAGCUGCUUUUGUAGCUCUGAUUAUUAUCAUUAUGAUUUCCACCAUAGUCUGCAUGAGGAAAAGCCAUGCACGAAAGAUACGAGCUAUUAAAGCUUCAAAAGUUGCAAAGUCCUUACCUGGGGGAUUUACACAGGAAGUAGAAGCCAUACCUGGGACCAAUAAGUUUAAUGCGGAAGGAGCCAAUCCUAUUCUGAAUAUUGAGCUGGACCUGGGUCUAGAUAUGUCAAGUUCUAGCAGUGACAGUGCCAGUGUAAAUUCUGAUUAUAACAAUAUACUGGAAAAGAAGGAUGUCAGAGAGGAUGCAAGUUUUGUCUCUAAAGAUAGUGGACAUUGGGAAGAGCCUCUGGCAGCUGCUCUUAAUGACAGAGAAAAUAUGUCCUACAGUAACAUGGCUCUAGACACGACUGAUUUGUGAUCUAUCAGUAUAAUGGAAGCUAAAGUCCAUCUGAACUACACGCCUUACAACUAAGCACAAAAGAACAUAGCGGAACAAAAUCUAGUCUUCUAACCACUUCAUGCUGUAAGAGUGGCUUACUAUAAUGUUUCUCAAUGACAAUAGAACAGGAGAUGUCUUCCAAUUACUCUGUUUACUACAUAAUCUUUCCUAUCUCUAGCUUUGAGAACCUCCAGGACAUGUUUGCAUGUAAAUGAUAUAAUGGGAAACCCUUCUUAUGGGGUUGCCAUGGGUGUCUGUGUACCCAGCUAUGCUGUACAGCAUGGUUGGGUAUAUUGCUUAUCAACAGUAUGCUAGAUGACUAGUGCAGUGAUCACUGUUAGUCCCCUUGUGGGACUAGUGGAAAGUAAAAAAAUGUAAAAAAAAAAAAAAAAAGCACAUAAUAAAAUGUAAUAAAAAAAAAUGUAAAAUAAAAAUAUAGAUAUAUUUUCACUUUAUACCAUACUUAGACAUAAAACAUAAAAAACAAACACAUAUUUGAUAUUGUCACGUUCAUAACCACCUGAACAAUAAAGUGAUUCAUCAUUUAUCCCACAAGUUUGUACGCUGUAAAAAACACCAUGAUUGUAAUAUUUUGUUAUUCUCCCAAAAAAGAGAAAAGUAAAGAUACGAUAACAAAACAGUCAAACAUUUCCCAGAAUGGUACCAAUUAAAAACGGCAAGUUUUCCCAUAAGAAAUGAACCCUUACAUAGUGCCGUCAGACAAAAUGGAUCAUGUAAUGUGGCGACACGAAUUACAUAUAUAUGUUUAAAUGUCUAUAUUAUGGCAAUAAAUAAAGAAACCUAUAGAAAGCUAUAAUAUUAUUUUUACCUUACAGUUACGGCAUAAGUUUAAAAUGCAAAAAAUGACAGAAUCACCUUUUUACUAUUUGACCAGCAAGAAAGGGUUAACAAAAACUUACUAAUGAGAUAUAUGUACUCCAAAAUGGUGGCAUUAAGAAGUUCAAUUUCUUCUGCAAAAAAAAACAAAACAAGCCUAAUAUGGCUUUGUCAACAGAAAAAUAGAAAAAGUUACGACACUUGGAAAGCGACAGUGAAAAAAUUGCUUGGGCUUAAAGCCCAAAAGGUAUCCCAAGAGAAAGGGUUAAAGUGAUAGAUAUUAUACCGUGGCUACAUUGUAACUUUGGUUGUAAGCCAUGUGGCCAAAAAUCAUUGCGUUGCCUUCAAUAAAUGAUCUCUACAUUGCUGCUAAUGUAAGUAAAUGGGAUUGUGUUAUAACCCGCAAGUGGCUGUGAUUGUUGGGUCAUGGUAGCAGCCACUUGCGGGUCACAACACCACCUCAUUCAUUUAUAUUGGCUGCAUUGUAGCAUGGUUGACCCUUGUCAUGACCACAGUUGCAUUUAUGUUUUUGAUCUUUGCUUUUAUGUUUCUGAUUAUCUUUGUUUAUAAUAGUGUGUGCUUUUUUUUAUUUAUUGUGAUUGAAUAUAUGAUAUGAAUAAAUUCGAUUUUCCAAAAGCAUAUGGAUUUAUAUAAAAUUUUUGUUGAUGUUUAAAAUUUUACCAGUGUACUUAUUGUACUAAUUUGAAGGGGUAGUGCAGGGAACUGCAGCAGUACUCACUGCGGCUGUUGCCUGGCUGAGAGGGCCAUCACUUGUGCUUUAUCAGGAAAGUUGGGGAUGAAGCAUGCAAGGACCCCUCGCAAUCUCCUGUAGGGGCCCAUUAAAGUAGAUUGCGGGGGUUUACUUCUCCGGACUGUUAAGUUAUCCAUACUUUUCAGCUCUUGUUACCUUUGGCACAACAGACGGUGCUUUUAAAAUAAUUUCAAUAAUUAAAAGGAUUUCAUAACUAAGGAGUUUUCCACCAUAGACAUAUAUAGCAAAUCUACACAAUAUACUACAAAUACCUUUGAUGUAAUGUCCUUUAAAACAAGUCGAAACGAGGCUCAGUAGUGUGAGUGGCCUCCAUGUGCCGGCAUACCUGGACUAAAGCAUCCACCAACUCCUGGACAGUCUGUGGAGCGAGACAUGAUGUCCCAGACGUGCUCACUCGUAUUCAGGUCUGGGGGAUGGGCGGGCCAGUCCAUAGCAUCAAUGCCUUCCUCUUGCAGGAACUGCUGACACACUCCAGCCACAUGAGGUCUAGCAUUGUCUUGCAUUAGGAGGAACCCAGGGCCAACCGCACCAGCAUAUGGUCUCACAAGGGGUCUGAGGAUCUCAUCUCGGUACCUAAUGGCAGUCAGCUACCUCUGGCAAUCACAUAGAAGGCUGUGCGGUCCCCCAAAUAAAUGUCAACCCACACCAUUACUGACCCACCACCAAACUGGACAUGCUGGAGGAUGUUGCAGGCAGCAGAAUGUUCUCCACGGCAUCUCCAGACUCUCACGUCUGUUACAUGUGCUCAGUGUAAACCUGCUUUCAUCUGUGAAGGGCUCCAGUGGUGAAUUUUCCAAACUUGGUGUUCUCUGGCAAAUGCCAAACAUCCUGCACGGUGUUGGGCUGUAAGCAUAACCUCCACCUGUGGACGUCGUACCACCCUCAUGGAGUCUGUUUCUGACCGUUUGAGUGGACACAUGCACAUUUGUGGCCUGCUGGAGGUCAUUUUGCAGGGCUCCGGCAGUGCUCCUCCUUGCUCAAAGGCGGAGGUAGUGGUCCUGCUGCUGGGUUGUUACCCUUCUACGGCCUCCUCCACGUCUCCUAAUGUACUGGCCUGUCUCCUGGUAGCGCCUCCAUGCUCUGGACACUACGCUGACAGACACAGCAAACCUUCUUGACACAGCUCCCAUCGAUGUGCCAUCCUGGAUGAGCUGCACUACCUGAGCCAUAUGUGUGGGUUGUAGAAUCCAUCUCACGCUACCACUAGAGUGAAAGCACCGCCAGCAUUCACAA